AUGGUCAAAUUGCCUCUAAUUUGUUGUCACAGUGAGAGCCAUGGCUUGUAUAGACAUGUGAAGUUCAUAGGCAAGGGUUCUUACGGAACAAUGACGCUGGCUCGCGAUUCGGAUGACAAUUUGUGGGUUGUGAAAAAGAUCGAUUUAACGCAACUCGGUAACAGGGAAAAGAAACUAUGCCUAACCGAAAUAGAGAUAAUAUCAAAUAUACAUCACCCUUACAUUGUAGAAUAUCGGGAAAGUUUUGUGGAAGAUGGGAAACUGAACAUCGUAAUGCAAUAUUGUGCUGGCGGCGAUUUGUACAAAUAUAUUUCAUAUCAGAGGAAAAGAGGUAUUCCAAUCAAGGAAGAAAGGAUUGUAGAAUGGGUUUCCCAAAUUUUGGCAGCCGUCAAGUUUUUACACCAACAUCACAUACUGCACAGGGACUUGAAAUCACUAAACAUACUAAUCGACUCUGAUAAAAGGAUAAGAAUAUGCGAUUUUGGCGUAAGCAAGGUGCUUAAGGCCACAUUAGAUUCGGCCCAGACUAUGAUUGGCACCCCCUACUACUUCUCCCCUGAACUCAUAGAAGGACAUGAUUACAACUGGCCCUCCGACAUAUGGGCUUUGGGUUGUCUUGUAUACGAACUAUCAACAUUUAAGACGCCAUAUGACGGAGCAAAGGGUAUGAAACAACUCUGUCACAUGAUACGCACCAAAGAGAUUCCAAAUCUACCAGAUUAUUACUCAGAUGAGUUGAACGCAUUGUACAAGUCAAUGCUGGCGUACGACUAUCGAUUGAGACUGUCAGCCAGCGAAUUGUUAGCCACACCUAUAAUCCAAAAAAAGCUUAAAGAAAUGCUGCAGAGGGUAGAAUCCACCCUUGCAGAUGGAACGACAUUUGCGGAUAGCAAUACAGUUGUCAAUACGAGUGCUACUGGAAAUUCAGUAGUUUGGGGAGACACUGACGAAAUUCAAACAGCAAAAGAGUAUAUGAGUGUCGGAUCGAUUUUGGCAAAUGAGGUCAGCUCUCAGAUGCCACAGUUACCUCAAAUGGGGGAUAUUUAA